CUACACUGAUACAGCACUGGAUAUGUGCUGUGGACACAGAAGUAGGAUGUCCUAGGCAGGAUAUCCUGAUAAAGCAGCCACUUCGCUUUGGGAUAAACCUUUAACCUCUGGAGAGAGAUGAGGUGCAGUGCCAGCCUCCCUCCUGCAAACCUGCGAAUGUUUUGCAAAUACACAAGCACUGUUCUUUCUUCCAAGGAUCAGCAUCAGCUGCUGAAAAAGAUGCACAGGAAGAAAACUGGGAACAAGAAACAGCUCUUGUGUCUCACAAAUCACUUUGCUCUCAACUGAGACAAGAAGCACAGGGCUUCACAGGUACUUACUUGCUAGCGGGCUACGUUUACAUGAUGGCUAAGCAAGUGGCAAUGAAGAAACCCAUAGAUGUGUCUGUAUAAACUGUAUAUAAACUGGUCUUGCCUUUCCCUUCGUGAGUAUGUUGACCAAGGGAUUUAAGUAUCUGCAUCUCCACUGACCACAGGACACUUCAGGUCAAGGAUCCUCUUCUCCAUUCUCUACACAACUAUUGUGAAACACCAUGUCACAGCACAGGAGUGCACUCAGGUCCCUGUGGUCAGCAUCGCCGCCAGCACAGAGAAACCCCAGCAGCUGCACAGCUGGCAGAGCUGGUGGGCUCGGGCGCCAUGGGCAGAGAUGCACGCUUGCUCCCAGACCCCGAGCUGGCGACUUGUUGUACAAUUAAAGGUUAUAAUAGCUUCCUUCUUUCAUUUCUCUUCCACAGUCACACUUCUGUUGAUUUAGCAAGGUCAUAGGACCAAUUACAGAAAAAAGAUGAAUACAGCAAGAAUAGCUCUAUUUAUACAUUACCUAUAGUAAGUAGGGAAGAGACGCCAACAGCCAUAUUAUCUCCUCGAGCCCUGGGCCAUAAGAUGUGACACUGUAUAUCAAGUAAAACUGUUCAGCUGGAAAUGAGGCAGCUCAUAAUAAGUUACACUACUAUAUAUGCCUGCCAGUUUUCAGCAAUUCAGAAAGAAGUUUCUGCUUAGCAGGCCGUAAAAGAAGUUAAAAUUAGAUAUAUAUAUAUAUGCAUAUAUAUAAAGAAAAGGAAUUAAAGGAGACAGGAAAAAGAAAAGAAGUUUGGAAUGAUGCGCAUAAUGAUGUAUUUUUAAAACAAUAGUAAUCUGGGAAAAUCUCCACCUUAAACCAUCAUAUUAUUUCAGGAAUAAAGUCCAAACCCUUAACUUUAGCCUAUAGCCUUGGUAGUCUGAGGCUAACCAAAAUUCCAAGAAAACGAAGGAAAAUUACUACCUUCCAGUAAGUCACACUGGGACAGUUUUCAGUUUUCCUUUAGCAAGCACUUAUUGGAAGAUUUUUGCUUCUGUAUUUUACGUUUUUUAGCAAGCAAAUAGCAAGUGACUGGAGAAAAGCAGAAGCAGCUGGACCAAAGGACACUGCCACCUAACAACUUCUGUGCAAAAAGAAGGGAAGAAAUCUACGCCUGAGGUCCCUUAUCACAAGGCAGUGGGAUCAGGGGACGUCAUUGCCUUCCCCGUUGUUUUAACGUCAUUAGCUGUAUACGUUGUACAGUGAAGAGAAACAAAAUACAGGAUUUCCUGUUCUGUAGCCGCUGUACUGGGUUGCAGAUGCCGGCAGGAUUCCAGUGCUCCGAAAACAUGUGGAAGUUUAACAAGGAGUCGCUGGGGCUGGGAUCACUGCAAAAAUCAGUAGGAAAUAAAAGCAGAAAGCUUGCUCCUCCUGCUCUCUAGCAUGGAUGUCACCCCCCUGAGGGAUGGGAGUCACGGGAAGAAACACUCCACCUGCCUUAAUCACCCCAUGAGUGAAGAAACUCAGCUGAGAUGGAGAGCAACGUGUCCUCUGGGAACUGUACCGAUCCCCAGAUGUCCUUCCAGUCCACCCUGUAUGCAACCACAUACACCCUGAUAUUCAUCCCUGGCCUCCUGGCAAACAGCGCUGCCCUGUGGGUCUUGUGCCGCUUCAUCAGCAAAAAGAGCAAAGCCGUCAUUUUCAUGAUCAACCUGGCCGUGGCCGACCUGGCUCACGUCCUCUCGCUGCCCUUACGGAUGUAUUACUACAUAAACCACACGUGGCCAUUUGGAAGUUUUCUUUGCCAACUGUGCUUCUACCUGAAGUACCUCAACAUGUAUGCCAGCAUUUGCUUCCUCACCUGCAUCAGCAUCCAGCGGUACCUCUUCCUCCUCCACCCCUUCAGAGCCAAGGACUGGAAGCGGCGGUACGACACAGCCAUCAGCGCUGCCGUCUGGCUCUUUGUCGGGGCAGCGUGCUUCCCCCUGCUCGUAGUGAGGAGCCCAGCCCUGUCCAACAGCAUCAACACGUGCUUCUCAGACCUGGGGGUGAAGCAGCUGAGCCCGGGAGCCUCCAUUGCGAUGGUGACAGUGGCAGAGCUGUUUGGGUUUGUCCUCCCCUUCAGCAUCAUCGCCUGCUGCACCUGGAAGAUGUGGCAAUCCCUGCGGGAGGGUCCAACACAGCUGCAGAACACCAGCGAGAAGCAGAAGGCUCUGCGCAUGGUCUUGAUGUGCGCGGCAGUCUUCUUCAUCUGCUUCACCCCCUACCACAUCAACUUCCCUUUCUUCAUGAUGGUGAUAGAGAACAUCAUCCAGGACUGUGCCGUUCACAGGAGCACACUCCGCUUCCACCCCAUCUCCCUCUGCCUGGCGAGCCUCAACUGCUGCCUGGAUCCGGUCCUCUACUACUUCAUGACCUCCGAGUUCCAGGACCAGCUGCUGCACCACAGCUGCGCUGCCCUGCGAGUUCGGUUCAUGCGCCACAGGAGCAGCCUGUCCAACACCGAAAAGGGCCAUGACAUUCGUAUGAAGAGAAGAAAUCUUCCACGCUUGAAAUUUUUGUCUCUUCCCAAGUUCUUUGGCCAAAUAAACAGCAUGGAGAUCCCCCCCAUGCCACCUGAUGAGCUUCUGCUGGAGUCCAUCUCUUGAAACAUAAGCCAUUUCUGUCUGUGUAGGUGCUUCUUCUAGCUUGAGCGAAGAUUGCGUUAGGUCUCCAAAUAUGUCUUGAAUUACCCUUGUGUGCAACAGAUGCCAGGAUCUGACCUACAAGGACAUUUUGAUGCAGAAAGACUUGCCGGUUGCGUUGCUGCUGCUGGGGGCUGUUUGCCUUACACUCCCCACCAUCAUACUGUUAAAACACCUGAAACAGCUGUGGCUGAUGCCAGUACACCUCCUGUGCUGAACUGCACCUGGGUUCGGGUCCCUCUCAUUUCUGUUGUUUCAUUGCUUCUAUGCAUUUGUAAUUUUUGAAAAAUCCUUCUGAAUCCCAAGUUGUAAGUGGGUGGCUCAGCGAGAAAGCACCUGAGGAUUUUCAGCCCUGACUGCAGCUACCUGUGGCCCAUAAUUAUUUACAAGCAUCCAUCAUGCUCAUGUGAGGCUGUUGAUCAGAACAGUCAAUUAUCUCUAUGUAAAAUGAACCUCUUUCCAUUGCAAAAAUCAGCCAUCUGGACCUAAUCUAGCCUAAUCUGGACUGCAAGACUAUAACUUUAACAAUAUAUAUCAAGCAAAGAGUAUUAUCUAUAUCUACAUCAGUGUUAAAGGGACUUUUCAAAUGAACCGGGCUCAGCUCAUCCUACCGAAAAAAGGCACCCAGAGCCGAGCAAGGUGUCUGCCUGGCUCCCAGGAGCUACGGGAUGCUCAGCCAAUUACCGGGAGAUGAAUAUUUGGAAGACAGAUGGCGAGUGGAUAUGCCACGGGCAAAGCGGGAGGAUGAAGGAUGUCUCCCAGGCCACGUGUACUCAGAGACCUGCGCAAGCCGCAGGAGGGAGGACUAGGAGCUGGCUCGCCAUCUCGUGUGUCAUUUUUAGGAGUCUUGUGUUAUCUGGCAUUUUGCUAAGGCCCGUGGCUGUGGAUUAAGAUGUUAUUCAAGCCUCUCAGUUUUGCUUUAAGAAAACAGAAAAAGCCCCAGCCCUUGCUGGGUUCAGAGAAAAGUUUACAGAACUGGGCCAAGUACAUCCUUAAAGUUUCAAACUCGGGAGGAAAUAAAAUGAUCUCAACACA